AGCAAUCCUUAGUUCCUCCUGUGUAACAUGUCAUACUCUGCUGGCACAAGACUGAAAAUGUCAUCAGAGUUUUAAGAAACCGUGUGUGCUAAGGACAGGAUUGCCUUCAAGAGACAACAGGGACAGCAGCCUUAACUCCAGGGAUCAAGGAUGUCAGAGGACAUUAGCUAUUCCUUCGCUAUCGACGACUUGGACUUGUCAGAUUUUGAGAACAUAUCUGCAACAUAUGACCCUACCUUCAUUCUUGAUCCCAAAACAAUCACCUGCCAACCACUGCAUAUCGAUCCUGCAGUGAACUCUGUUAUUUGUGCCAUCUAUGCCCUAAUCUUCCUGCUUGCAGUGCCAGGGAACAUCAUAGUAGGGAUCGUGAUUGGGUGUAACCACCGUUUGCUCUCCCCCUCUGACAUCUACCUGUUAAACUUAGCGGUGGCUGACACUCUCUUCGCAGUCACCAUCCCCUUUUGGGCAGUCAGUACCAUCCAUGAAUGGAUUUUCGGAGACGUGAUAUGUAAAGUGGUCAGCCUGGUCCAGGAGGUCAACUUCUACAGCAGCAUUCUGUUUCUAGCUGUCAUCAGUGUUGACCGCUACCUUGCCAUUGUCCAAGCAGUCCAGAUGCGGAAGCAGAGACAGCCAUUUUACAGCUGGCUUGCCUGUGCUUCUGUCUGGGUUGUGGGAGCACUGCUAUCUCUGCCGGUUCUCUUUCACUCAGCCUUUAAGCCGUCCAACUCAAAGAAGACAGUGUGCUACGAGGAGUAUGACCCGGAAACUGCUGCAGAGUGGCGCUUUGCCACAAGGCUCCUCCGGCACUCUCUGGGAUUCCUCCUGCCGCUGACAAUCAUGAUGGUCUGCUAUGGCAUCACUAUCUGUCGACUCCUGCAGAAACGCAGCUUUGAGAAGCAGAAAGCUAUGAAGGUCAUAGUGGCUGUGGUGCUGGCUUUCCUCAUCUGCUGGAUGCCCUACCACUUGGUGAUAAUCGGUGACACUCUGAUCAGGUUCAAAUUGGUCUCUUACACCUGCGAAGUCCGCAACUCCAUCAGCCUGGGGAUCUUCAUCACCCAGAGCCUGGGUCUGCUCCAUAGCUGCAUCAAUCCCAUCCUGUAUGCCUUUGUGGGAGAGAAAUUCCGUCGGAACUCCCUCAAGCUGCUUCAUAAAUGGAGAUUGGUAGAACGGGAUUCCAAGUCAAUGUUCAGCAGGUCAACUUCUAAUUCGUCAGAAACAAACAAUAUGAUGAUAUAAUAAAACAACCUGUAUAUUGCAUUGGCUGGCAACCGCUACAGAGGAAUAAGAGUAAACUAAUGUAUUCUUCUUGUUGUUUUGAUUCCAUUUGUAUCAUUUUCUGUAUCAGUCAUCAAAUUAUGGUGACUUUUUAGAAAUUACAGCUUCCCUGUGGCUACUGUUUGCUAAAACAGAGCAUAACCAUUAACUUGUUCCCCAGUACGUUGUCCAUUUUAGGAUAUUCUCAGACAUCACUGCUUUCCAUGUCAGGAAUCACACCUCCUCGAGUCAAUCGUCAGGCACCAGGCAUCAAUCCUCCUUGAAUCAGUCGUCAGGCAUUCCUCCUCAAGUUAGUUGUCAGGCAUCAGUCCUCCUCGAGUCAGUCAUAAGGCAUCAGUCCUCCUCGAGAGAAGGGGUUGGAUGGAGCCGUCUGAAUCACCCAAUCAGACAAGAGCAAGAAAACUUUUGGUGCUUCCAUUGGAUGACACAAAUGUCAGUGUAGCUGCUGAUUGGUGCAUUUAGAUUUCAGCACAUCAGAUGUAACUGUUUUUUUUUUUUGUGUUUGUUUUAUUAAACAGUUUUGAUGUAUUUUUUAAUACAUCUAUAAGAAAUACUAGAUUUUCAAAAUGGUUCUGAUGAUGACAAGCAAGCAAGGUAGCAAUAGAAAAAUAAUUAGUGACAAAACUAAUUCCUAAUCCUUUUUUUUGCAAACUCCUUUUUGUUGCCAUCACAUUACUUUGUAAAUUGUUUAUACAUUUUAAUGUUAUUGACGCAUGUACGACAGAAAUCCUAUAAAACAGGAUUGUUUGCUUCACAGAAAAUAUCAGAAAGCAGUAUUUUAUGCAUUGCUUGUGAUAUUGUUACUGUGUUCAAAGGACAGUUACUCAAAAGCCACAACAACAGAAUAUCAUUCAGAGGAAAAUUCUGAUAAUUUGCCUAGAUAUGCAUGGCAAAAUUAUGGUUAGUUACUACAAAUAAUACAUGCUCUUAUUUUUGUAUUGCAUAAUGUCUUUCAAUUGGCUGGUGAAAAUGUUAAAAAAAAACAGCCUUACUGCAAGAGUUAAAAUUGGGUUGUGUAAGCUGCCGGAAAAACGUGUUUUCAUAUUGUAACGAAAGGAUGUCUGCAUUCUAAUGACGAAAGAAAAGUCUGUAAAUAUUACCAUGCUAAAUGAAAAAUCCAGAAGUGGUGAUUCAGGCAGGGAACUCACUUUUAACCUUAGAUCAAAUCAUGUAAACAUCAAGCAUAUUGUAGACGCUUCCAACACCAGAACAAAUCAUCAGUCAAAUAGCUAGUAUCUUAUUAGUCUUUUGAUAAGCAAUGUGUGCAUUGAUCGGCAAGGAAAGGAUUUAUAUCUUACCUAAAUCCAGCAUGGCCAGAGUUCACCUACUUCUCCCCAUCAACCACCUGCUUUUUGGCUUUGUCUGAUGGUGAGGGCAGCUAUCCUGCCCUCGCCCCAGCUAAUUUAUGGGUAAGGGUACCUUGAAUGGCGAAGCCAAAGGCCAAAGAAUGUAGUGUAAAAAUCUGUAUAAUAUAGUAGUGUUGUCUAGUCUAUGCUUUAAUACAUAAUCUAUCGCAUGAGUUUCCUGACUCAACCAGUAUAUACCAUUUAUAUUGAUAGAUAUGUAGUACAAAUGAGGACAUCAGUGCAAUGUUGCUCCAUUCAGGAUUUUGUGGGGUCCACAAAAGAAAUGUCCUUUUAAAACAUGCCUGGAAAAUAAAUCUGAAUGUAAAGACAAGUUGUUGUCAUCUUUAUUUGUCUGAAGGAACAAUUUUGUCAAAAUGUGUGUCUAAACUGCUGGAGAAAAAAAGGCAGGAGCCUGUAGUGUGUUAUUGCGCCAUCUGUUGAGCAAUACUGUAUUUCUCUGUAAAAAUUAAAGAGCCAUAUUUACCAUUUAAA